GGAAAAAAGAGUAAACCAUUCAGGUUUACAAGCGAUCUACCGACUCGGAUCAAGAUGCUCCUCGACACACCAGGUAACCCAAUUUUCUACAUCUGUUAAAGCCCCUUUUAUGGUAUCUAAUCCUGAUUCGUUGUAUCCAUUUUUCUGUUCUCCAUGGAAGGCGUGUUCCCCAAAGAUCUUGCACCUACAACCGAUAAGGAGCCGAGUAGGGAGAUCCGGCAGUCUUUUGGAACUACAUAUGGUGGUAAUUAUAAAUUAGAAUGGGAGGAUGCACCAAGAACAGUGCUUAUCAUCAAGAAACCCUAUGAUGAACUAACAGACAAUGCAUUAGUUGAUGUUGCAACGUGGAUUCACACCACUUAUCCACAUAUGAAUGUUGUGGUAGAGCCAGAUGUUGCACAGGAGUUUGCCGAACGAUUGCCUUUUUUGUAUACCAUCCCAGAUCACAAACGUGAUGAGUACACGCGCGUCAUCGAUCUGGUGGUAACUUUGGGAGGCGACGGCACCAUCCUCCAUACUUCAUCCUUGUUCAAUUCUGCAGUUCCUCCUGUCAUCUCGUUUUCCAUGGGCACGCUUGGCUUCCUUUUACCAUAUCAUAUCAACAAUUAUCAAAAUGCACUCUCAAAAUUGAUCGAUACUCGACAAGCAUCCUUGUUGCUUCGCAUGCGUCUCAAGUGUACGCUUCAUGGAGCGGAUGGACGGCGAUUGCAGGCAAAGGACGGCUCAGGCCAGAUCAACGACUUGACAGUGAUGAACGAGGUCAAUCUUCAUCGUGGACGAUAUCCACAUCUUACUUGGAUUGGAUGCUAUGUUGAUGGCCAUCUUAUUACAGAAGCUGUUGCUGAUGGGUUGAUUGUAGCAUCCCCUACAGGUUCUACAGCUUAUUCCCUUUCUGCUGGAGGCUCCAUUGUCCAUCCAUCCAUCCAAACUUUACUUAUGACGCCCAUUUGUCCAAGAUCCCUCUCUUUUCGGCCUGUUCUAUUGCCACCAAAUGCAACAAUCCAGCUUAAAAUCGGAGAAAAAUCCAGAGGCCCUGCAGAGGUAUCACUUGAUGGAAAGGAGACGUUCUUUCUAGAUAAGAACGAAUUCCUUCAGGUUUGCAUGUCAGCGUUCCCGAUGCCUUGUGUUAAUAGAGUUCAUGCAGGAGAAGAUUGGAUCAAGGAUAUUAACGAUCUAUUGAAGUGGAAUCAGGGCUUCCUUAAUAAGCAAAGCAUGAGCCAUUAUAUGUCUGAGUAACACGGAAACAAUAAUAAAAAAAG